CUUAUUUCUUUAAAAAGAACACAAAAGAACAAUAACCUACAACCAGGGUAGCAAUCCCCUAUUUUCAGAACAAAAAUAUUUUCUGGCAGCCACGCCCCUCCAGGAGCCGGGCGGCCUCGGUGGGAGGCGGAGCCCGGGUGGCCGUGCACCAUGGGGAACAAGCAGACCAUCUUCUCGGAGGAGCAGCUGGACAACUACCAGGACUGCACCUUCUUCAAUAAGAAAGACAUCCUGAAGCUGCACGCGCGGUUCUACGAGCUGGCCCGACUGGUCCCCAUGGACCACAGGAAGAGCCCCAUCGUCCACGUGCCCAUCCAGGUGCCAGAGCUCCGGGAGAGCCCAUUCAAGGAGCGGAUCGCGGAGUCCUUCUCGGAGGACGGCGAGGGCAGCCGCACCUUCGAGGACUUCGUGGACAUGCUCUCGGAGUUCUGCCAGUCGGCGCCCCGCAACCUCAAGGCCAACCACGCCUUCAAGAUCUACGACUUCAUCUGCGAGGAGGACCUGGAGAUGAUGCUGACCAAGUCGGAGCUGGAGGAGGACGAGGUGUGCGACAAGGUCAUCGAGGAGGCCGACCUGGACGGCGAGGGCAAGCUGGGCUACUCCGACUUCGAGGACAUGAUCGAGGCACCCAAGUUGCUCAGCACCUUCCAUGUCCGGAUCUGA